CACAACCAGCAAGCCCUCUCUAGUUUAGGACUUCUUGUUGAUUUCCCCGCAGAUCUGAAGAAAAAAAACACUUUUGUCAACUUUUGUCUUUGUACACUUCUAGAUCUGGUCAAAUCUGAGAGCUCUUUCCAAAUCGUGGGUGAAAUCGGAAGGGGGAGGGAGAAUGAAGAAGAAGAAGAUUGGUGUGGAUUUAGGUGGCCACUUGCAGACGUUUUUCCCGCGCUCUUAAUACGGUCUUCAUCUUCAGUGUGAAUUCCUUCAAAUUUUCCGUCCGAUGCCUCCGAAAUCGGAUAACGCCGAAGGAAUUGUGCUCAAUUUCGUGAACGAGCAAAAUAAACCUCUGAAUGUUCAAAAUGUGGCUGAUUCUCUGCAAAAGUUUAACCUUAAGAAAGCUGCAGUACAAAAGGCACUGGACAGUCUUGCUGACAGUGGAAAGAUAACGUUCAAGGAAUAUGGAAAGCAAAAGAUAUACCUUGCUAGGCAAGAUCAGUUUGAUAUUCCAGACACUGAAGAGCUCAAUCGAAUGAAGGAAGAAAAUGCAAAGCUUCAGGAAAUGGUGGAUGAACAAAAGAGAGCAAUCAGUGUGGUUGAAGGAGAAAUUAAAGCUUUGCAAUCAAAUCUGACAUUGGAAGAAAUACGUGUCAGGGAAGCCACACAAAGAAACGAGGCCGAAGAGAUGGAAAAGAAAUUGAUUAAGUUGCGAGGAGGAGUCACUCUAGUAACUCCAGAAGAGAGGAAAGCUGUGGAGGAUUUGUAUGCUGAGAUGAUAAGUCAGUGGAGAAAGCGCAAGCGAAUGUUCAAAGACGUAUGGGAUGCUAUCACCGAGAAUUCCCCCAAGGAUAUCAAAGAAUUCAAGGAGGAACUUGGGAUUGAGUAUGAUGAAGACGUUGGAGUUAGUUUGCAGUCCUUUGCGGAUCUGAUGCAACAAGGCAAGAAGCGUUUGAGAGGUCAGUAAGGGCUCGUUUGGCUCAUAGGUAUGAUAUUGGAGCUUCUCUAUUCCACAUUCUGCAAGUCUUUGGGCACAUUGAAAUCUGCUAGUUUCAUUAUCUGAUCUAAUUAAUGGAUGAUGUGAGU